AUGCCCGGCGAUGGCGUGAGUCGGCAGCAACAGUACAUCGGCAGCACCACGCAAGCACCAUCCGCCAUGGCCGUAGGGACAGAAAUGGUGGGAGACUACAAUACUGUGGCCUCCGCACAUCAACAGCACCAGUUCCCGGGCCAUGACCAUCAACGACAAGGCUACUACCAUCUCUCCGCUGUAAGCCAGCCAUACCAGUCGCCGACCAUGAACCAGACGGCCUGGCCGUCCCCACGGGGCAUGUCGAGCGACGACUUUGACAAUGUCAACGGCGCCAACGCGAACUACUCAUACCGCGGCCAAACGGUUGCCACGGCGUACCAUCCGUCCACUCUCUCCCCGCGGUCCUGGCCAGCAGCGGCCCAGACGGCUCACCCUGCUUCCACCGCCCAGUUCGACCUCCCGUUUCGCCCCCAAGAGCCCGUCUAUGACGGCCUCAGCAACCAUGUCUCCAUGCCGACGGACGACCUUCGCGGGGCGGACCUGCAACUUCACCUGCACUACGACAACGGCGCCUUGCCUCACGGCUUCGAGCCGCGUCAUUUAAAGAGCGAGCACUUCAAAUAUGAGUCGUCGCCCUCCGUGGACGCUCCCGGGUCCCCUUAUCCCGGGUCUCCGGCGUCUUUCGGUGGCGAUUUCAGCGCGGAGCCCGACACGAUGCCGGAUCUUGGCGGCCAGCUGAACCCUCCCACACAGAGCACAGCACUGCCCAAGGAGAACACCGGCGGCGAGGAGCCCUACGCCAAGCUCAUCCACAGAGCCCUACUAGACGCUCCCCGUCGCUCCAUGACCCUGCAGGAGCUUUACAAGUGGUUCCGGGAUAACACGGACAAGACCCACAAGCAAGACGGCAGCACCGGGUGGCAGAACAGCAUCCGCCAUAAUCUUAGCAUGAACGAUGCGUUCAACAGGAGGGAAAAGAUCACCUUCCCCGACAACGACACCAGCCGGACGGGCACAGAGAAGCGUGUGUCGGAAUGGUACCUCGUGGAUGCCUACGUCAAGGAUAUCAGGCCGACGACGCACUUCCGCGAGGGCAACGCCCGCAAGGGCGCGCACACCAACUCAUCUCGCCGCAGCACAACCCACGGCGGAGGCAGCCACAGGCGCAACAGCCCCCCUCGUUCCGCCAGUGCGACCCACUACCAGAACCCGGACUACCCCAACCGGUCGAUGCCCGGGCGCGCCAUGUCUGGCCGGCGGGGAGGGCGCGCGACCACGUCGGCACGGAACGCCAGGCGCCAGCGCUCGCAUACAGGCUCCGUAUCCCCAAUCUUGGGGAGCUCCGCCUCCCAGACCCUCCAGCAUUACCCGUACCCACCCGCGCAGCUCCAGGGAUGGCAGGCCCGCGCCGACAUACAGAGGCGGAACGGCGGCGUCCCCAAGGGGCACGUCGUCGAGGGCAUGAGGCAUCAUCCCGUCAUGGGCCACAUGGUCCCCCCCGCUCCCCUUCUCAGCAACGGCGGCGCCUCGGCCGUGACCUUCAUGGGCCCGGACGCCCCUAGAGGCCAUCCCCAGGCCUACCAGCUUCAGCAGUUUGACAUGGCCGACGUGUCCGGCGCGUACACCUCGUCGCCCCCGACAGACGGUGUGAUUUACGGCUGGGGUCCCGACGCCCACAUGUAG